AGCGCAAACAUUAAAAAAGGACGGUAGAGGUGGUAAAGUCUGGAAAGAGCCGGGUGCAGGUUGUUCUAGAAAGCGUGUGUUCGUUCGUUCCUGCGAUUGAGAGAAACGUUGAAGAUUGGAAUUUGGAUCUCUGAGUGUUUGUGUGUGUGUGAGAAAGAGAGAGAUGGCGUUGAAUCCUCAACUAUUUCCUAACGGGAUGCCCGUUGCUUUCGUGAACGAGAUGUUUGUGUUGGCCAGAGACGGCGUCGAAUUCGAUAUCGAUAAGAUUCCUGCCUCUGGACAUCACGGGGGUCAUCUCAAAACAAAGGGAAUUGUCUAUUUGUCAAAUAUUCGGAUGGUCUUCGUUGCUAAAAGCCCAGUUGGUAACUUUGCAGCUUUUGAUAUGCCUUUGCUAUACAUCCAUGGCGAAAAAUUUAACCAGCCAAUAUUUCACUGCAACAAUCUUUCUGGACAUGUUGAACCCGUAGUCCCAAAUGACCAACACAGAGCUCUUUACUCCACGCACUCAUUUAAGAUCUUAUUCAAAGAGGGUGGCUGCGGAACCUUCAUUCCCCUUUUCUUCAAUUUGAUUGCUUCAGUGAGGCAAUAUAAUCAACACGCUACUAUGCAGACACAAUCUCAUGUUGAUCCUUUGCAGGCAGCUCAGACUCCUGUUGAUGAGAUGAUGAGACAUGCGUAUGUUGAUCCAAAUGAUCCGACGAGAAUCUUUCUGCAGCAACCCAAUUCUGAUUCUCAGCUUAGGCGUCGAACAUAUCAGCCACAGGCUGAUGGAGGCCAUGUCUAAGUUUGAAAUUGAACUGUCCUUACCUUCAUCGAAGGAUGUUUAUAUGGGAAUUGUGUAUUAGUAUACCAAAAUAAAUAAAAAUCUUGUGGGAGACUAGUUCUCAUGUAUGAUCAGCAACUAAUAUUUUAUUACGAAAUUGUAUUUUAUUUGUAAUUUUAA